AUGGACACCAAUGAAGAAGAAGACCAUCCAUACAUUAACGAAGAAACUGAGGUCGGACAUGGCGUGGUUCAAGUAAAGCGAGCACCAGUACAGCGAAUUGUUCCGCCCUUGAAUUUUUGUCCUGUGGAAAGAUAUCUGUACCGUUCAGGACAGCCUUCGCCGGUAAAUUUUCCCUUUUUGCUCGACUUGCAGCUGAAAACCAUCAUCUGGCUUGCCAAUGAGGAACCACAGGACACUUUGUUGGAAUUCUGCGAUGCACAUUCCGUGCAACUGCAGUUUGCUACAAUAAAUCCAGAGGGUGGUGAAGAUGAUAAUCCAUGGGAUGGCCUAACGGAACACAGCAUUGUAGCAGCACUAGAAACUAUAGUAAAAGCUCAAAACUACCCUCUGCUGGUCUGUUGCGGGAUGGGACGUCACAGAACAGGAACGGUAAUCGGAUGUUUGCGUCGAAUAAUGAACUGGAAUCUAGCUUCUGUGUCUGAAGAGUAUCGAAGAUUCACGGGCAGCAGAGGUGGGCGAAUUCUAGUGGAAUUGUUGAUCGAAGCAUUUGACACUGAUUUGGUCAAGAUAGAUCGUGCACAGGCUCCACAAUGGCUGAAUACAUGA